CCUAGUGACGUAACAUCAGGGCAAGUCCAACCUUAUGUAGAUGGCCUUCAGUACAGGUAUACAGGACUCGCCUUAGAGAUAGGUAAUAUAUGGACACACAUAGGCUUAUUUAACCCCAGACAGCGACUACAUCAGGAGACAUGGCAGGGUUUAAUAUACUUUUGAUUGUUCUGCAAGUUAUUAAUGGAGUUACGUCAUUUUCCAGCAGAGCUAGUGCCAACACGAGACAAUCAUUACCGUUCUACAACAAUAGACAUUUAUUAGAUAUAGCCGCUAUCCAGACAGGAUCGUACCAGCUCCUCAGAGCUCGUUCGGAGUGGCAAUGGGGACCACGCUCUAACGCGGAGGCGAUAUUAGGCCUGACACUGGCUAAUAAACGAUGGUACCAGAAAAACAAUGCAGCUACAUACAUUUCUGUGAAGGCUAUGGAACUGGAACUUCUGGCUCAGUUAUCUGUAGACAAAAGACUUAAGGAUAAAAACUGGUCAAAAGGAAAGUUAGCACAAUACGUGACGGCAUUACAGCUUACAUGCCACAAUCCUUCAAAAUUCUACCGCCACAAUCUAUUAAGGCAUCUGAAAGGUCAUCUGAAAAUAUCAGAAGAGGACUUCCGAAAUAAUAGGUUUGCUUUGUCCUGGGUCGUUAUCGCGCUCUGUAAUAACCAAAAGGACAUCGGCAACACGUCAUUGGCGAUAAUUAAUGACCAUCCGGGGGAAUAUAAGUUCGGGGUCGAUGAAGCGUCCAUGAUAUUAAUGGCUACCACUUGCCUGAAGGAAUUAGAAGCUAAAUCUGCAGCCGAGGACUUCAUUGUGGAGGAGAUGAGAGCGAACAUGUCACAGUAUAAUGAAUUUACAAAAGGUCUCGUCGUACAGGCACUGACAGCAGCGAAAACAGAAAAGGUUGGCGACAUUAUCAACAUCGCACGGUCGGAUCUCAGACAAGCCAUUCUGAGAACUACCUUACUGGAACUCCCUGGAGCAGCCUCUCACGUGCUUCCCGCUCUAGCUAAAAAGUCAUAUUUAGAUGCUAGCAAAGUCGUCUGCCCAGAGAAAGCUAAAAUGAAAACGAAGCUGAAGACUGCAGCCAAAAUAACCGUAGGGAUUGAUGUUAUUGAUGACAUCAUUGGCAAUACAACUGACAGUUGGAACGUAACAACAAGAAAGGGUUCCGACCUCCUCACUACAAUGCAGCUCUUCCAGAAGCGGUCCAAAAACUUCAGGUUUAAGUCUACCCAGACCUCGUUUGGACGAUCCAUCAUCUCGAUAAACGGAGUGGCUCAAGACAUUGGCAACAAGAUAUUCUGGAGGAUUGAGGACCGUACCGGUGUGCCAUUAGCUAACGGAGUGAGUAGGACAAUUCCCAAAGACGGAGACAGUUACAUCUUUCGCUUAUCUAAAUUUUGAGCGUGUAACAUAGUUAUAAUAUACCUUCAUAUAUCUGAAAAGUGUGAAAUAAAAUCUAUAUUGAAACAC